CAUGCUAAGUCGAGUGCUACAAUACCGUUGUCAUUCGUUGCUACUUCUUCGUUCAAUUACAGUCUCCAAGCACUAUGGUGACAAGUGGAAAGAAAUAGAGGCAACAGUUAGCUCUCUAAGAUCCGAUUUGGUAGCAACGGCUGCUCUUCCUCUCAACAGAAAGAAAACGUACGAACUGUUUAUGGACAAGAAAGUGUGCUUGAACGGAGCUGUUCUGUCGAAAAAGUCCAAGAAAGUGAAAGACGGUGAUGUUCUUGAAGUGCACGAAACCAUUGGCAGUCGUGCCAGAGUAAGUUUGGUUCGAGUUGUGGAAAUUCAGGAUCAAACUACCAAAGGAAAGUGGCGAGUUGUACUUGCUCGGAAAGUUUGUGAAGACUACAUCUCAGAGUAAUACACAAUUAAUUAAU